AUGUCUCAUUCUCGAGUUUACAAAAUAUUAGAACUGUGUCGCAAAUCAAGUGUUUCAAAAGAAGAAAGAGAUUUGGAUUAUAAUAAUAGUUUUCAACCUAUGAUUGAAGAGGUACCUGCUGAAACCCACAAUAAUAAAGAUAAUAUCACUAUCAUUGUACUAGUUAAUGUUCCCAACAAUUACUCACAAAUCAUAUUUUUUUUAGAUGAAUUAAAUUCAAACUUCCCUAGAAGUUUUCAAUAUACAAAUGAAGAGUUACCUUCUGAAAGUUCAGAUAUCGCUGAUUUACUUGCUGAGAGUUCAAAUGAUUAUGUGCCUUCUUCUGAGAGUAGUAGUGAAGGAGGUGAACAACAAACGCCUGCUAAAAUUUUAAAGAAUAGGGGAAGAAAACGAAGGGAUGAAGUGGAAGCAUACAGGAAGCGUAAAAUGAAUUCUAGUAACUGGAAAAAAAAUGUGAGCAAACAACGAAAAUUGCAAGGUAAGGAGUAUGCUACCUUGAGAGGAAAAUUGAUAAGAGCUAAACGCAUGAAGCCCCCAUGCAAUUGUAGAAAGAAAUGCUUUGAUCUUAUGAGUAAUGAGGAGAGAGAAAUUAUUUUUAAACAUUUUUAUCAAUUAUCUUACGAUGGACAAUCACAAUUUAUUUCGGAUUUUGUUGAAGAAAAAGAAAAAGCUACACAAAGGCUACGAAGGAAUGACAAAAAAGAAAGUAGGCGUCAAUAUUCUCGGAGAUAUUUUUUAAAUAAAGGUAAUAUUAGACUAGAAGUAUGCCAAGAAAUGUUUAGCAACACUUUAGAUAUAACAAUUAAAAGAAUUAGAGUGUGUAUUGAGAAAAAAAGAGCUAGUGAAGCAGGUAUGUGUGCUUCAGAUAAACGGGGAAAACAUGGAAAACCCGUAAUCCCAGAAAAAGAGAAAGAUUUUAUUAGAAGGCAUAUAAACCAAUUCCCAUCCUAUGAAAGUCAUUAUUCAAGGUCUCAUUCUCAGAAAAAAUAUUUGCCAUCUCAUUUAUCAAUUUCACAAAUGUACAGGUUAUACAAGGAAGAGUGUGUCAUAAACAACGUCAGUCCGCAAAAAGAAUCUAUGUAUCGUAAAUUAUUUGUCGAAGAAUUUAAUCUUUCAUUUCAUAAACCAAAAAACGAUACAUGUGGAAAAUGUGACAAAUUCGAAAUGUUGAUUAAAACAGAGGCAAAUGAGAGUAACAAAAAUAUAAUAAUUAUUGAAAGAGAUAGUCAUAUGCUUUUGGCAAAAUCUUCCUACGAUGAGAAAAAAAAAAUGAUGUCGAAAAAAGUAAAACAAAUAAAAAGAUUAUGACCAUAAGUUUUGACCUGCAAAAAUGUCUCCCAACCCCACUUUUAUCAAGCGGAAUAUCGUUUUAUAAAAGGCAACUGUGGACACUGAAUCUCACUUUAUACAUCACUAGAAGGAACCAAAACCCAGCAGCAAUUUGCUAUCUAUGGGAUGAGACAAUCGUAGCUAGAGGAGGUCGAGAAAUUGCAUCAUGUCUAUUCGCGUUUUUAAAGCAAAUCCUAGUUGACAUUGAAGAAGUCAAUAUUUUCAGUGAUUCGUGUCCAGGACAAAAUCGAAAUAUUUUUGUUACUUUGAUGUUUUUAUUCUUAACUAAAGAAUUAUCUAGCAAAGGUAGGAAAAUAGUAAUCAGUUACAAGUUUCUCGAAGCAGGGCACACCCACAUGGAGGCAGUCUCAGUGCAUGCAUUGAUAGAGAAGACAAGGAAAAGAACAAAUGCUCUCAUUGAACUUCCUCGUGACUGGGCAAAUUUAAUUAGAAUGUUUCCAAGAAAACCACCAAUCAUCGUACAUGAAAUGCAACAAGAUAGAUUUCUAAACUUCUCGGAACUGUAUUUGUACAAAAAAAAGUUAAUACUGCCGGGGAGCCAGUUAAGUGGACCAAAAUCAAAUGGAUGCAAUAUCGAUGGAAUAAACCAAAUGAAAUCCAGUACAAAAUUUCUUUUGGAAAUGACGAGCAAUUCAAAACAAUAAACUUAGUGAAAAAAGAUACGAGACAUUCUAACAACACCGAUUAUUAUUUCAACUUCCGACCCAUAUCAAACAAGCCAUUACCAUUGAGUAAUGACAAACUUAAAGACUUGAAAGACUUAAUGCAGUACAUUCAGCCAAAUAGUCGCAUAUUUUAUAAUGCAUUACUGGAUAAAUUGACGAGUUCAUCAGAUGUUGUAGAUACAUUUUCAGAUUAUGAUGAAGAUGAAUAAGAAAAUUAUAAAAAAAAAAUAUCUUUAAUAAUCCCAAAAAUGUACUUUGAACUGUAAUUUGUGUAAAUGUUCUUUAUGUGAAUAAAAUUGUUGAAAUCAGAUGUUUUUCCCCUUCUAACUACCUUAUGGAUCCUCAUUAAUUGAACCAAUGUCACUUUAAGAUGCAGUAGCUUUAAAUCCAAAAAGGGCCAAUGUCAUAAUAUUUACAUAAAAUAGUAACUUGUUAAAAAAUUUCAUAUGAUAAAAUAUUGUUUCUUUACAUUAACAAUAAGCGAAUAAAAAAAAUAAUAGUGGGAAUCUUAGUAUAAGAAAGUUAAAUCAUUCUAAAAAAUCUCAAAUAUCUUUCAACGCCUUUUUCUCAGGACUAGCAUUUUUGACUUUGGCCCUUUUAGAACCAAGCCACAGAAUGUACAUUAGUUCGAUUAUCCGAAAAUACCGAUUUUCCGAACACCCAUGUCCCCCAAUUAGUUCAGAUAAUCGACGCUCUACUGUAGAAUAUAAAGUUAGCCAUGCCAAUAACGAGUGGAAAAAAGUCUCCAUUCGUGAUUAUCGCCCUACCAGAAAAAAUACUGCUAAAAAUGAGAUAAAGGAACCAGUUCGUCAUACCAAUAAAAAUUCACUUCCCCAAAAUCAAGUUGAGGCUAUCAAAAGUUGAUGCCUGAGGUGGAUAGGGCUUAUUAUGUGGCUAUACUUCCCAAAAAUAGAAAUACUUAAUUUGUAUAUUUCUAGGGUUCACGCCAGCAUGGCGACAUAGCGACAAUUGUCGCCAAAUCAUCAAGAAACGUCGCCAAAAUCAUACACAUCGACGACAAAUUUGUCGCCCAAAAUAUUUUUAAAAAAACCUAUGUUUUAUAUUUACUUAAAAACAAGCAGAAUCAAAUAUAUUUCGAUGCAGAAAAUGUCGGAAAUAAUUUUUGUUUGUUUGGUAAACAUCGUUGGUAGCUCAAUGGACGCUUUCAGUGUGACGUCAGGUUCUACGUCGUUGCUCGCAACAAGCCCCGCCCUGGCUCUAAACAAAUGGUUGCUAGGAAAAUCUCCAUAGGAUUAACAUUGAGAUUUGCGUGUAUUCUUUUAAAAUUGUAAUUAAUAAUUAUUGGUUAGUUUCUUAACAAUUUAAGUAUUGUAAUCAUAUUCUUCAUACUUUGAUCUUUAUUUUCAAUAGGUUUACUGACGUUAUUAACCUAUUUAAUCGCUUUUAUUUAAUUUUAAAGUAGGUGUUUUUUUUGAAAAGUGGUUAUAUUGUGAGUUGCUUGUGCUGGUUUAAAAUUAUAACUAGACGUUAUUGAUGUGUUUCUUAAUAACGUCAGAAAACCUAUUGAAAAUAAAGAUCAAAGUGUGAGGAAUGUGAUUAUAAUACCUAAAUUAUUAAGAAACUUACCAAUAUUUAUUAAUUACAAUUUUAAAAGAACACACGCAAUUCUCAAUGUUAAUCCUAUGGACAUCCAUGACUUCUUUCUCCUGCGUAGUUGUAUCCCCGUCAGUGCGUUCCGAUUGCGCAUGCGCGUCUGUUGACUUGGGCUGUGGUUUACGACCGUCGUUGUGUUCGCCGAUCGGAUGAAGUGAAGGGAUUUCAUCUGCAGUCGCGCUUGUUUAUUUACUUUUCAGCCACGCUGUACGCUCGUAAUAUUUCUCUUAAUAUUUAUCAUCGCAAUCGGUGCACCUUAUAUAAAUUUAUGUCGUGCUCACAGACGACAUUGACAUCUUUUUUCCAUUCGCCAUUUAUUUAUUUUGCGUUUUCUCAAUACUUGGUUUACUGCACAUACCACAUACCAUACCACAGUGAACUAUAAGCUAACAAACUGUCUAUAUAAAAAUCUGUCAAAUAAUGAUUACAUCAAUGAAUAAUAACCUCCUACAAAUUUUCUUCCGUUAUAAUUAGUACAUUUCCAUCCAAUGAUUGUAGUUUACAUUCAGAACAUCGGAAAGAC